GCUUCGAGUGCAGAUGGGUGACCCCGGAGUGCUGGGGGGGUCUGCGGUGGGUGCCGCCAUGGCCCUUGGGCAGCUCAAGUUCAAGGAGCUGGGUGAGGAGGAGCCUGCCUGGAAGGAAGAGAGCCUGGACAGUGUGAAGGCACUGACGGCCAAAAUGAAGCUCCAGACGCGGAGACCUUCCUACCUGGAGUGGGAAGCCCGAGUGCAGGGCCAGCCCUGGCUCACUCAGACCCCCUGGGGAAUGAGGGGAGCACAGAAGAGCAUGGGGCACCCUGAAGACCAGCAUGAUGGUGGCAUCUGUGGCUUUGCCACCAUGGAGGCAGCUUUGGAGUGGCUCAGGAUGGAGCUGCAGGAGAUGCAAGCAAUGGACCAGCACCUGGCACAGCAGUUGAUGCGCCUGCGGGCACAGCUGCACCAGCUGAAGGUGGAGCAGGCCUGCCACCAGCACAAGGAGAUGCUAGACAAUGCUACCGUUGGCCUCGAGGGCUGCGAGGAAGACUCGGAUCUGCUCUGCAACAUCCCACCCAAGGCUGCCUUCCUGCUCUCCAUGCCUCUUAAGCACAUCGGCGUCACCUGCAUGAACAUCAGCUCCCGGCGGUUCUCCCUCUGCUGAAAGUGGCAGCACUCCAUGGAGUGCUCAGCAGGGAGCCUAGAUGUGAGCCUCAGAGGAACCCAUGGGUGCAUCCAGGCUUGGCAGGGCUCAAGAACCCUCCUAAAACCCCUUGCGGACUGUGGAGCAGCAGGCAGUGCUGAGCCCUGGUUCUGCCAGCCCUGCCCCUGGGACGAUGCCAAGCCACAGCGGCAUGGGAAUGCCACCAUCUCCAUUGGGCACAGGGUAUUUUGGGACACCCACUGCCUUGUCCUUAAGGACAGUGGGGUGAACUGCAGUGGAAAAUGUAGGGAGCAGCCCUUUGAGGGGGAAUAGAAAGUGGGAGCUGA